GUUGCUUUGUGCAGGAGCAGAGCAAAGCCGAUGGAUGGGAUGUUUGGGCGGUGUGGUGGUCGACUGAAUGUAGCCAGUAUUGUUUUGUAGGCUGAUGAACGUUUAAGUUACCAAGAAGGUGGGGAAGAUGCAGACUUCAGUCCAGAUGAAUUGUGCUUCUAACGCAGACACCAUGGAAACAUCUGUGGAAAAUGAUGGACAACUGAUGCUACAAGAACGAAGUCUUGUAGAGGAGGACAAUCUAUCUGCAAUAGAUCAUGAUGAUACUUUAGUCAUUGCCCUUGAAGAGAUAGAAGAACAGACAUCAGCAGAGACCCCUGAAGAAACUACAGAAAACAUGGAGUCUAUCCCUUCAGAAAACUCUUCAGAGCCCAAUUUGGAUCCACAAUCGGACAGCACUCCGCCUGGUCAUGACUUGAAUGCUAAUAAUGUUCAGCGAAAACUUAAAAAACAGGACAAAGCUGCGCGAACUGGAAAGAAAUAUGUUCCAUCUAAAAAAGCUAUGACGGAUCCACUAAAGAUUGACAUGUCCAAACCUCUGGCCACACCUCUCACUUCAUCCCAGAUGUCUCUCCAGUGCAUUGAAUGCCACAUAAUAUUCAGUGACCAUAAGAGCAAAGAGCGUCACCUGAAGGCCAGUCAUCCUGUUGAAUACGAGCAGUCCAUUCUGAGGAACGCCCUCUUUGCCUGCUACGUCUGCGAUCGCCAUUUCACAAACUCUACUGAGCUCAUGGCCCAUCAAAAGACUCACAAAGAGAAGAACCCCUUUAAAUGCCCUAUCUGCGCUCAGACAUUCAGUAAAUUGUCAGAGCUCUCAAUUCAUAAAAAGAUUCAUUUCGGACAGCAUGGUUACACCUGCACGCAAUGUGGGAAACCAUGCAAAACUUUGACAUUACUCAAGUACCACUGUCGCACACACACCGGAGAAAGGCCCUAUGUGUGUAAAGAGUGUGGGAAGAGAUUCACCAUGCCCAAAGCCCUGCAGAAACACAUGGAGUCUCACUUACCAGAGGGAGCGCAGCCCAAGAAACAAGGUGCAUCUUCAGCUGUUUACACCUGUUCCAUUUGUAGAGCAACCUUCAAAACUACAAAGACGAGGCAUUACCACAUGAAGAAAAAGCACAACAUCUCAAAAUCAGCAUUGACCAAAACAAGUGGACAGUUGGUAAAGCAGUGUACCCCCAUCAUUACUCCAAUUUCUAUUUCCCAGCCAUCUCUCCUGCAAGUUGGACCUAAUGGACCUUUGCAAAAAGUUGAUGCCAACAUUGACACUGAACAGCUUCGUAAACUAAUUGAAUCAUUAGGAAAUGUACAAAAAGUGAACCAGGUUGUAAUUUUGGGACAAGUACCACCUGAUGCCCCACCACUAGAAUUACAGCAAAUAGCACAACCAGUCACUUUAAAUAUGAAUACGCCACAAGUUGAUUUUAUGGAGAUGAACCCAAAGACUAAUAACACCAUUGUGGAUCCAAUGGAGCAAACCAUUAUCUUGGAGCCUAUCACACCAGAUGGACAGCUUUUAAAUCCUCCCUUUUCUACUUUAGAUUGUAAUUUAGGAGAUAAUCCAGUAGCAGAGGUGAUUUUUCAGCAGCCCAUGGACACAAAGCAGCAACUGCAAACAAAUGAAAUAGUUUGUCAUGACAAUGUACUGGGACAAAAUCUUGCACCAACUCUUGAUCAAAGUAUUGUCCUUGAACUUACCCCUGCGCUGACCCCAACUGCAGAGCUGGAGCAAUCGGAAAAUGUUCUUCAAAACGAAAUUCCACCUUCUACAUUUGAUCAAAAUAACGAACUAACAAAUCCUCUUGUUGAGACGUCAAUUAGUGAGCAGGAGACUAGCAUGUCGGUUCAGUCGCUAUUAUCUACGGUAGAGCUAGAAAUGCUACCUUUACAAACAGAUCAACAUAUCGGUCCAGUGUGCACUUUUAGUCCACAAGAAACACUUCCUGAAUACCAAACGGAAACUGUGACACAAGAUGAGACUGAUUCACUGAUGCCAACUAACUGUAUUGAUCCAAAUGUCCACAAUGUUACAGACAAAGUGGAUAAAAUGAUUGAACAAGCAAAUACAAAACAAAUAGUUACAGAUGAACCAAAACCAAUAAAUGUUACUGAGGGCAUAGAAAAACAAGAUAAUUGUGAUGAAGAGAAAAAAGAAGGAAAGAUUAUUAAAACGCAACAGAAAGCAAAGCAGGUAGAGCAGGCCACAGAGAUGCCCAUAAAUGUAAUGUCGGCUCAAGAACUGGUGAAAGUACGAAAAAGAAAACCACCCAAAGCAUUUUUCUUUCAGGGAUACAUGCAAGAAUUUGUGUCGUCCAUAUAUGAUGAAUUUCCAAGUAAUACUGCAAAACGUAAAAAAGCUAAAAAGUCUCAUCUUGUAGUGAAAUUUGGUCCUCCAAGUAAAGGAAAGCAAAGCAAAAAAACAAGCAAGUCAUCAAAGCAACCAACUAAAGAAGAUUCAAAAGAGAAAUCACCAGGUCAAAGCAAAAAAGGCAGAAAGGACAAAAAGGCUGUGAGCUCUGAUUGUACAGUAGAGAUAGAAGUACCUGCAUCAUCUGAAGACAAUGAGCAGGCAUCAAAACAAAAAGAAGGUAAAAAUAAGAAGAAAAAGCAAAAGGCUGGACCAAAAAAGACUGAGAAGCAUGUUGGUGUUGUUUCACCUAUUUUUAAAAAGAAACCGAAGAAAAUUAUCAAAUCUAAAAGUGUUAAGGAAAAGACUACAACAAAUAUUAAACAAAAAACUUUGGACAAAAUGAAUGAGCAAAUCUGUCCACACCCAAAAUCUGAAUGCGCUGAUAAAUCUACUUCUCAUAUACAAGAUUCACUUCUGCUGCUGAAGGGACAUAAACAGCCACAGCUCAAAGUCCACAAAUUGGAUCCUUUACAGGCCUCUGGUAAGACACAAGAGGUGACCCAAACGUCCCCGAAGGAAAAGGACAGUCCAGCCAGUCCUGCUUUGAAUGAGAUCUCGCAUGAAAACAAGAAGAAAGGAGGUAGAGCUAAGAAAGUACUUACAUUAUUGUCUUCUCUUCAAACAUCCAAAAAGCAAGAAGAAGAGGCUCCUCCCAAACCAAAAGCUACCAGGAAGCGGAAAGCAUCCUCAAAAGUGGAGACUGAAGGAGUGAUAACAUCGAAGAAGGCCAUCGAGUGCAAGGAUUGUGGGCAACAGUUCAGUGAUGUUUCAUUGCUUCAAAAUCAUAAGGCCACAGUGCAUAUUGUAGAGAGUCCUGGCAUUACAUUUACAAAUGGUAAUCUUUUUGAAGGGGUGACAAGGAUAGAUCUUUACCAGCUGCCAAAACAUGUAAGUAAUAAAGAUACAGGAAGUUUGAAUACAGGUUGGGAUACUGAACCUGAGAUGGCAGACUUGGACAGGGAUCGUUGUGUUACUUUUCCAGCUUUGAACACAUCACCAUCUUUACCUGUUCCUCCAUGUGAACUUUACUAUGAUAAGGGUGUAAAAGAUAUUGAGGAAAUUGCAAUGAAUACUAGUCAAUCUAAAGUUGUCUCAACAUCUCCUCAAAUAGCAGUUAGCAGAAAGGAAAACAGCACUGGUAUGGACGUUCAAGGGACCACUGAUGAAGAUAUUAAGGAGGACUUGCUUCUUGAUGUAGAUUUGGUCACAGUGGGAGAACAAAGCGAGAAAGAUGAUGCCUCUCCUCAAAACGACAAUUCACAAAAUAAAAUUGAACCUGUUACUGCCGAGAGUGGAGGAGCUGCUGCCAAACAAACAGAUCCAACUUUACACACUGUUUCUUGCUCUACACAUCAACAUGAGAUCAAGGAAGAAGAAGAGGAAACUGUAAUAGAGAGAAAUAAAAAUGCCCAUAAAGGAAUGCCUAGUACUGAGCGGGAGAGUGAGAAAGGAGAGAUAUGCAGCGAGGAGUCAGAACAGACAAAGCAAAAUGACUGCGAAAUCCUGUAUGAAUGUCCUACUGUAGACUCUGUUUCAAACAAUAACCAAAGAGACAGUCACCAAGUUCAUAUCACAGUUAAACCUUCUGCCCAGAAAGAUGUAUUAGACAGAGGCAUUACAGUGGAUCAAGAUUCUGGCACUGAGAAAGAAGCAAAUGAACAAAUCCAACAAGAAGAUGAUGACUGGGAAAGGGAUCAGUCUCCUGGAAUUGCACUGGAGAAAGUGAUGACGUCAGCCCUCAGCUCUGUUAAUAAAGCGAAGAACCAAACACAGGAUUUUGAGAAUGAGAGCCAAGACAUCAAGGUGGAGGAAAGCUUUGCGGAUUCAACACAAGGGGUCUCCAGAUGUCCAAGUGCACAGUCAUUACAGCGUAACAUAAGAGCUGUUCUUGUAAAAGAAGAGAGCAGACAGACCCCACAGAGAGGGGAACACAUCUGCUGGAACGUAGAGCCAAACUCCAACUCCUCAAGUCCAGAAGCUAUGGAGAAGACAGAUGAGUCCAUAGCUGCUCAAAACUGCAGCUCGAGUCAGUGCAUAUUCUACCCUGUCAAAGAGGAGGAGAGGGAGCUGUUAGUAGGAGCAGUUGAAAGUAACACUCCUGCAUCAGAAGUUAACCAUCAGCAGGAGCAUCGCACUGUAGAUGAUGUUGUUUCUGCUCCACAAGAAACAACAUCACAACCAGGACCCAAUAAUUUUACUGAUGGACAUGCAGAUACAGAGGCUGAGAAGCAGACAACGCCAAACCUACACGACUUCCUUCUGCAAGCUUCUGAUGAGGAGGAUUGUACUUUUGAAUGGGCAGAUUCUCAUGUUGGCUCUGAAGAAGAAAUAAUGGCCAAUUUCUACAGAAAACAGCUGAAUGUUGGUGUGUCUGCGUCAUCUGCAGUUCAAGAAAGAAGAGCGGAUAACAUUAUCAAAAAACCCAUUGAUUACUUUUCAAAGUACUUCAACUGGGAUACAUGGCGAGAAAUUUCACAUUGCACUAAUCAACUUAACAAUUUAUCCACCGCUGUCACUGUCAAAGAAGUUGCACAGUUUGUUGGCAUCCACAUUGCAAUGGGAAGCUUGAAGUUUCCUAGUCCCCGGCUUUACUGGGAGGACUUGACUAAGGUCCCAUUGGUUGCUGAUGCUAUGCCAGUGACCCGGUUUCUUGAGCUAUCUCGUCUAUUGAAACUUGCCUGUCCACAAGCCAAUCAACAAAGCAGUGCUAACAGUAGGAAAGAUGGCAUUACUGGGUUUUCAAAUGACUCUAAUAGCAGGGACUAUAGUAAUUUGCAACAUGGUAAAAAGGUAACCUCUGACCCUCUGUGGAAGAUUCAGCCUGUAUUAGAGCAUUUUGUGAAAGGUUGUCGUUCUCUGAGGCGACAAGGAGAAUACGCCAUUGAUCAGAAUCCACUCCCACUAACUACAUGGACCCACAAUAACAAGCAUUCACUUCAUUGCACAACUAUGAUCAAUUUUGGUGGGAUGAUUUUGGAUCUUGAGCUCAGAUUGGAUUUUUCAGACAAAGAGGGUGUGGCUGAGAAAAUGCCCCCCAAAGGUAGCAUGGUGUUUCUUUGUAAGCAGGAACUUUCCACACCUGCAAUGCUGGAACGUCUUUUAGCAGCUGGUAUUCAUAGUGCUGGCCAAGUUGGAGGAGCAAAAGGACAAAUAGGAGAUGAGUUUGUAAGUUCUGAUGGAAAACUGUUGCUGCGGAGAUCACACUGUGGUUUCAUCCUUUCUACUGUAGGAAAUGGCCAAAGAAACAUUGCUUCUUUUAUUGACAAUUUCGAAAAGGCACACAUAUCGGCUCGCCUCAACAAAGAUUUGCAAAGUCUCUAUUCUAUUCCCCCUGCUGUUUUUUCUCAAAGUCGCUGGCCUCAAACAGUGCUCUGGUAUCUGACAGAUCUGGCUUUGGUAAACUCCUGGCUGCUGUAUCGACAGGAUGCCAGAAAUGUUGACUCGCCUUUAACGCUACUUGACUUCAGAGUGGAAGUCUCUAAAGCUUUGAUCCUUGCCAGUGGUUUAGACGUCCAGGACUCUCUUGCCAAUCAGACAGAGGAUGCCCAUUCACCCAGCGAUGCUCCAAACCCCAGCCUGCUACAUGAAAGCCCUCUUCCUGAUGCUGCCACACGCUUCGAUGGUUCGGGACACUGGCCGGAGCAACUCGCGGAGGGAGAAGGAGGCAGGUGCCGUUUUGGCGACUGUCAGAGGACAUCUCGAGUACUUUGUCUUAAAUGCUGUGUAUUCCUUUGUAUUUCACGCAACCACAACUGCUUCAUAAAUUUUCACAAUCAAGGGCAUCAAGCAAAAGAAUAACA